AUGGCCGGUUCGAUCACUGACAAUGCUGCAAUCUACAAAAAGAAGCCGUUUGCGUACGUUCCACCGUCAACUCCGGCUGCCCUAAUAGAUUCAACAUCCUACACAUUGGACUUUACCACUCGCAAAUUUUUACUUGUUGGAAUCGAUCCGACUGACAAUUUCCAAACAGUCAUCCAUAUACUGACUUCUUCACGUCACGUGAAAUUGUCAACAGAUUUUCUAAAACGAAUAUUCUCGCUUAUGGGUAACGUGCUAUCGUUUAUACUAGACAUACCGACAUCCUAUAAACGAAACUUAUUUCUCGAGAUCGAUUUAUUUAAAUUAUCGAGUAUGGUAUAUGUAGGAUCAAAUAAUUUAGUAAUAGAAUCUAAAACCGAGGACGGGUGUAGAGUUCUUUUGAAUCGUUCAGAUCUAAUUCAGCUUCAGAACUUGGAAUGGAGUAUUGCUGCGAGUAUACGGGAAAAAGAUAUUUUCAUCAAACCCAAAAUUAUAAAACAAAUGAACGAAUAUUCCGAGAAUUUGAUCGGGAAAAUUCUUCAAGUGGAUUCACCGCCUAAUAAUGUACGAGAAAUGCAAAUUUUCAUUAACAACCAAGAAGUUAAGCAAACCAGUGAAAACCAAUUCCUCAACCAAAUCAAAAUGUUUGCACCUACUCAAUUAACCGAACUUUGUAUGAAUCGUCUGGUGACACCAAACACCCCAGAGCCAUAUGACAAGAAUUUUAGAAGCCCGUCAUUAAUGAUACCAAGCUAUUCACCUGUCAACGCUGGUAACUACAAAUCGUACGAAGACCCCAUUAGAAGUAAUGGAUUUAAUCUGACGGAUGAGGAUUAUGAUUUAUCUAAGCCGAUAGAUCAUUUUGAUGGUCCAACGUCACCCGAUGAUAGCUGUAGCCAACAACUGUCGUUCGACGAAAAUGAUGGGCCUGAUUUUUUCAAUCUAAACCAUGCAUCGUCUCAAUUCAAGACACCACGGACAUCUCGAUCAACUAGUGCUGAACCCCAAACACCGUUGCGUAAAGUAAAACGUAGACUUUUCUAA